UUUAAAUAUUCAAAUGACAUGAGUAAUGGCGGAUGAUAAAUGACGUGUAUUUAAAAUACGAUCCAAACAACUUCCGUACCGGAGCGAUCGAUCAGUGAUGCAAACCAAUUCGCAACGGAAAUUAUGCGACAUAAUUUGAGAUUUUUGAAAGCGUAAUGAGUGUACGAUCAGUGUCCGCCGAAACAGAUUGUAAAACUCCAUUGAGGCUUCACCUAGUGCGAGUUUCGCCGUGUUGUCGAUUGGUUUGGCUGUAUGCGCUGCAGCACAAAAUACCUUGCGAAUUAACAGAUGUUAAUGUCUUCAACGGAGAACACCGUGAGCCGAAGUUUGUGGCGAUGAAUCCACACGAAGAAGUUCCGAUACUGACCGAUGGAAACACGACGGUUUUUGGAGGGAUGGCAAUACUACGUUACCUAUCUCAGAAGUACACAGACUUUGCUGGCUGGGGAAAAACAAGUGAAGACCGCCAUGGGGUACAUUCAGUUCUAGACUGGGCUUGCUCCAAGUUGCUAAAUGCUCUAGGCUACAAAUACGUGUAUCCUCAGUUAUUGGAAAGAUACCACCUUUCUAACGAAGCUGCCACGGAGGAACUAGUCGAGAAAGGACUGUCAGAGGCAAGUGAACUCCUCGAAACCUUAGAGUAUUACUUUCUUGGAGACAACCCAUUCUUGUGCGGAUCUGAGCUCACUGUAGCUGACAGUUACGUAGCAACCAUCCUAUGUCAGGCAGAGUGGGUAGACCUUGACUUUAAGCUUUGGCCCAGGCUUUCGGAGUGGCUAGCGAGGGUCAAAGGUCAAAGACAUUGGCGUGAGGUACAUUCUACGCAUGACGAGUUCCUUCAGAAGCUUAAGAAAGAUCAAUCCAUUUAAUGCGACUCGUCUUGACGCCGCUUAACAUGCCAACCGUAUUUGCAAGGAACUUUUCAACCGCCUAACAGUAAAAACUACUUAAAGUUCAUGAACGACAAGAUACCACGCCGCAUUUUUUUGUUUUUUGUUUCGUUUGUUUGGUUAAAUAAUAAUAAUUAUAAGUCAAAUCAUUAAUCUUAUCCCGACAGUCAGAGAAAUCUGUCGUCUUUUCUCCCCUAUCUAAAUCAGUGGAGUGCGUUCUCAUUGAGACUCUUUUGGGGGAUUGGCGCGAGGAGACGAUGGGCUCAGAGUAACACGGACAGAUAAAAACACUCACAUUCACUUCAUUGCAGUAAGUUUAUUCGGUAGAUAUAACCAAAACAAUACAUUAAAACAAUAGAAUACUUUAAAAAAUCCAAAUUUCUAUCACUAAUUAUCUAUCCAUAUUUGAAAGCACCUCUCUAAAUAUAUGAAGGCUAUCUGACUGCAA